UUUCCGGCAAGUUGGUUGUGCCAUCGUGUCUCACCUCUUUCGUAUUAAAAGUACAGAAUAAUGGACGACGUGGUUAUCCUAGAUGAUGCUGUCCAGAGAGAAGAAGAGGUAGCUCAUUAUCAAGCUCCUGCAAUUCAACAUAAUCCUGACGGGUGGGGACCUUGUGAAUUACCUGAUCAAUUUAAGGAUAUACCUUAUCAACCAUUCUCCAAAGGCGAUAGAUUGGGCAAGAUAUCUGAUUGGACUACACCAGCUUUCCAAGAUAAAAAAUUUCCCAACAAGUAUACAUCACAGUUUGGUUCAGGUGGACAAUAUGCUUACUAUCAUGAUGAAGAUGAAACAACUUUCCAUUUGGUUGAUACAACCCGUGUACAGAAACCACCUUAUCAACGUGGUGGCCGAUUCCGCCAUAAUCAAAGGAACAUACGUGGUCGAGGAAAUCAACGUGGUUCGUUGAGCCAAAUGCAGCAGCUUGGUAAAUUAAAACUUCGUGAAAGAGAUCGCAAAGGGCAAACAAAACGCUGGGGCAGACAACAAGGUCUACGUAACCAUAAAAAUCAGCCACCAAUUAAAAUCCGUGAUGCAUCUGUUACUGUAAGACCUGAUUGGGUAACCAUUGAAGAAAUGGAUUUCCCACGUCUAGCAAAACUAUCUUUACCUGGUGUAAAAGAUGGAGGAGAUAUUCUAUGUUGUGGCUCUCUUGAAUAUUAUGAUAAAACUUAUGACAGGGUGAAUGUUAAAAGUGAAAAGCCAUUGCAAAGAAUUGACAGAAUUUUCCAUACAGUUACUACUACUGAUGAUCCAAUAAUUCGUAAGCUCUCAAAAACAGAAGGAAAUGUUUAUGCUACAGAUGCAAUCUUAGCAACAAUAAUGUGUUGCACUCGUAGCAACUAUUCUUGGGAUAUUGUAAUUGAAAAAAUUGGAGAUAAACUAUUCUUUGACAAACGAGAUAAUACUGAAUUUGAUUUGCUAACUGUUAAUGAAACGAGUGUUGAACCUCCACAAGAUGAUGGGAAUUCUUUAAAUUCCCCUAGAAAUUUAGCUUUAGAAGCUACAUUUAUUAAUCAUAAUUUUUCUCAACAAGUACUAAAAUCUAAUGAACCUAGAUAUAAAUUUGAAGAAGGAAAUCCAUUUAUUUCAGAGGAAGAAGAAGGUGAUGUUGCUAGUGUUGCAUAUCGAUACAGGAAAUGGGAUUUAAACAAUGGAAUUGUUCUUGUUACAAGGUGUGAACAUGAUGCUGUAAUGCAAGGUCCUAAUAAUGAAAUUCAAUUUUUAACAAUUAAAGCUCUAAAUGAAUGGGAUUCAAAAUUAGCCAGUGGUGUUGAAUGGAGGCAAAAAUUAGAUACACAACGUGGUGCAGUAUUGGCAAAUGAAUUGCGCAAUAAUGCUUGCAAGUUAGCCAAAUGGACUGUCCAGGCAUUGUUAGCAGGUUCAGAUCAACUGAAAUUUGGUUAUGUUUCUAGAGCAAUGGUUAGAGAUUCUAGUAAACAUGUUAUUCUUGGUACACAACAAUAUAAGCCAAAUGAAUUUGCAACGCAAAUCAAUCUUAAUAUGGACAAUGCAUGGGGCAUUUUACGAUGCAUUAUUGAUAUUUGUAUGAAGCAAAAAGAUGGAAAAUAUCUAAUUAUGAAAGAUCCAAAUAAACCAAUGAUAAGAUUAUAUGAUAUUCCAGAUAAUACAUUUGAAAGUGAAGGAGAAGAAGAUGAUGAUGAUAAUGAACCUGUUAAUGAUGCAUUUCAGAGUUAA